AAUUGCAAUUUAUGUCUACGUUACCUAAUUUUGCAACGUUAAUAAGUGGACGUUUUAAUUAGUGGCGCCCUCAUUCUAAAUGAUUCUGUUACGUGGAUGGUCUAAUUUAAUUACAAAGAAUGUAACUCGUCUCCCUUAGUUCAUUUUUCAGUAUGCACUGCUAAAAUUAAGUGCGAAAAAUGUCGUCCACAAGUAAAAAGUCAAAUCCCGACGAGAUUAUAUGGGAGGUUGGCGACGACAGCAAAAGUUGGUGGCAAAAGAGAAGCGGAUUGGAAAGAAAGUUGAUUAUUUCGUUUGGAGUUACGGUCGUAGUGUUUAUAGGAAUAUUUAUUUUUAUGGGUUUAAGAUCUUCAGAAGUGCAAGAGAAAGUGGAAUGCAGCACGAAUGAGUGUUUAACUUCCGCUUCGCAAAUCGUAAAUUUGAUAGACACUAAUGUAGAAUACUGCGAUGAUUUCUAUCAUUUCGCGUGCGGUAAAAGUUUAAAGGAAACUAUCGCAGAGGAUAUAGACGAAGAGAUUUUGCAAAUGCUUCGAGAGCCGAUAUCAAGCGGAGACCACUUCAUGGUAAAAAGUCAGAAGGCGCUUUUUCAGGGGUGUAUGAGUCUGGAUGAAUUGGAGGAAGAAUCCUUGCCAGUUAUACAAAAUUUGAUCAGAGAGCUGAACGAAUGGCCAGUGGUUGUUGGGCAUAGGUGGCGUGAUAAGCAAUUCGACUGGGCAGACAUGGUGGUCAAGUUACGAAAAAAAGGAUACGAUCAUGACAUGCUCCUAAAUGUUAGGCUAGCUACGAAAGAUGGCAAAGUUAUUCCAGUGGUAACUGCCCCUGUGGUUAUCACGCCAGAACGUGAAUACACUCAGCUAUACAUUAAAUACAUGACCGACAUUGCCCAACUGUUCGGAGCUGAGCCAAAUCGUACCGCUAUGGAAAUGGAGAAGGUAUUCGACUUCAUGGAAAAAUUGCGCGAAAUAGGAGAAAAAUUUUUGACGUUUGAUAAUGAUACUCGAGUUAGUAUAGCCGAUUUCCAAGAGGAAUACGACGAUAUCGACUGGUACAAAUUCAUCUAUAAUAUGGUUACUCCGCAUAAACUAAGCGCAAAGGACCUCGCCAGUUUUCCCAACCCUGAGUUUAUGGACGCUUUUAGUUUGCUUAUGACGAAAACACCCCAAAGAAUCCAAGCCACUUAUAUCAUUUGGACGGUUCUUGAGGAACUAAUACCGUUUUUACCUAAAGCUUAUCGAGAUAUACAAGAUAAUUAUCUGUGCGCGUCAGGAAAUGCGUUCGCGGGAAUUGAACGGUCAGAAACCUGUCGGGAAAUAGUCAACGGCAUAUUUGUACCAACACCAACAGAUAUCCUCUACAUGCGAAAUCAUUUGUCAGAAUCGAAAAGAGAAAAAAUCGCCGAUCUCUUCGAAAAUGUCAAAUCUCACACCAUAUCAUUUUUUGAAAAAACGCAAUGGCUAGACGAAUCCGAUGUAGAUCACGUGAUCAGUGCGUUUAAUGACACCACGGCAAUCAUUGGACUAGACGGGGACUAUUUGGAAGACUCCAUUUUUGAAAAGCACACUAUCAGCCUGACUAAACGUGGGUACGGAGGCAGCUUUCUCAAUAUGUAUCUUAAUCAAAAAAAGAAAGCAUUCGAAGUGAUAGUACGGGCAGAAGAUAAAGGCGAAGUUCUUCUACUGGACCAAAUGGUCACAUUCACAUCUCCAUUUAUGCACUCCAAGACGAAUAAGAUAGUUUUACCAAUCGGGAUGCUAUCGAGAACGUUUUACGACGUUGAAGGCCCAGCGUAUUUGACAUAUGGAGCGUUAGGUAAAGCAAUAGCAUACGAACUUGUUCAAAAUCUGAUCUUCGAAGAUCGAGAGUUUGAAUGGUCAAACUCGUCUGUGACACGGUACGUGGAGAAGAUAAAAUGUAUGUUAAAGGAUUCCAUGGGAGACAAAAAAGAUAACGAUACGAUGGAAUUUACGGAAGAUGGGGCGUUCGCCAACUUCCUCGGAAUCAAAAUCGCCUACGAUGCGUAUCAAGGAUGGAUCACAGAAAAUGGAGAAGAGGACACACCUGUAGUGCUCGACUAUUCCGCAAAUCAGUUGUUUUGGAUCGCUGCCUUGGUUGACGAGUGUUAUGACAAGAAGGGACUUCCAUACGUGCAUUUUCAAAAGUUUUAUGAACGAAAUACUCCGAUGAUCUACAAUACAGACUUUAUAAAUGAUUUUGAGUGUUCUCCAGAAUCAAAAAUGUACCCAAGUGAUUUAUGUGACAUUUGUAUCACCGCAAACGCCACCAACACUUUUAAAUACACAUUGCGUGUAUUCUUCGAACAAGUUAUGGACCAAAAGAAAUCGAUUUUCGCGAAAGAACCGUGGUGGAAACGUAGAUCGAAGUUAGAAAAAAAGUUGGUGCUCUCUCUUCUUGGAAUAGUGAUUGCGUUUAUAAUAUUCAUAGCGCUUGUGUGUGUUAAAUAUGUGAUUCCAGAACGACCAUGCCAUAGCUCCCAUUGCUUACUGGCGGCUUCGCAAGUAAUAGGUUCUAUAGACACAUCCGUCGAUCCGUGCGAUGAUUUCUUUACGUUCGCAUGUGGGAAAUUUAUCGAGCAAAUUCAUGGCGAUAUUGAGGCGACGUCCAUCAAGGCCUUGGAGGAAAAGGUCGCACGACAAGUUGCCGAGCUGAUUAAAGAGCCAAUUAAAGAGGACGAUCAUCCGUUUGUGAAAAUUCAAAAACAGCUCUUUCAAAAUUGCAUGAACGAGACGGAAGAGGAACAAGAGAACGCGCUGAAUAUUUUUAACGAAACUAUUCGCGAGUUACAGGGGUGGCCUGUUGUUGAAGGAUUCGAAUGGGACGAACAGCUCUUUGAUUGGAAACGCGCCAUUUAUCAAUUGAGGCGUAAAGGGUUACCUUAUGCCAUUUUCUUUGAUGUUCAAGUCAUGCCGUGCCUUGUGAAUAAGACCCGUAACGCCGUUUAUUUAAGCGAACCGUUUGUUAUAAGGGUUGAAGAGGAACAUAAGGAAUCUUAUAAGAGAUACAUGGUCGAAGCCGCCGUUGCCAUGGGGGCUGAGGAAAAAUUGGCAAUAGUAGAAUUGGAGAAGGUUUUCGAUUUAAUCGAUAGAGUACAUAAAAUUGUGAAGGAGAACGAUAGACCCAAUAAUUAUACUAUGGCUGACGUAAAACGUGAGUUAUUGAAGGAACGGUACACAAUUGAAGAAUACCAAAAGAGACACGAAGCACUCGACUGGUUAUCGUUUAUCAAUGGCAUCUUAAAACCUGCCGGAAAACUCACCAAAAGUGAUUAUGUUUAUUUUCCCACAGAAAAGUUUGUGGAAUCUCUCCUUUCACUUUUGGAUAAAACUCCUCGAAGAAUCCAAGCUAACUACAUAAUGUGGAACGUUUUGGACAGUACCAUUACUUACUUAAACAAAAAGCUACAACAGAUCGAGAAUAACUACCUCUGCGUGGCAGAUAGGUCGCUACAAUCGAACGAUAGGUACAAAUUUUGCAAAAGAGUUAUUAAUCGAACUUUCCGUCCUUCACCGGUAUAUAUAAAUUACGCAAGAAAAUACUUGCCCGUAGAAAAAAGGAACAAAGUUAAAGAGAUGCUGACGAAUAUUAAAGGUGAGUUUACGGAACUACUAAAGCAAUCUUCCUGGCUUGACACCGAAAGCAAGGAGAAAGCUUUGGAAAAAGCGCAAUCAAUGACCGGGGUUAUCGGCACCCCGGGUGACUACUUUAACGACGAUAUUUACGAUACUUUUAAAAUGGAGCCAAAGUUUGCAGAAGAUGUCACCGAAAGUAAUUUUUUCGAAAUAAUGCUGCAGAAUGCGAGACACCAGGUUGAUUUGUCGUUCGCUCGCAUUCACAAACCGAACGAUGACGCCUAUAAUGACAUAGUAUAUCACAGAGCGGUUGCUACAGUUAAUGCAAUGUACUCGCCUAGUGACAAUGCCAUGGUUCUUCCGGUGGCAAUACUCCAAGGUAUCUUUUAUGACCAGGACAGACCGCAAUACCUUAACUACGGUGCACUCGGUUCUAUAAUCGGGCACGAAAUUACCCAUGGCUUUUGUAAAGACGCGAGCACGUUCGACAAGGAUGGAAAUGAAGUGGAAAGCGUUUGGUCAAACGCCACGGCCGAGGCAUUUGAAAGACAAAUUCAGUGCAUCAUUCAGGACGCCGAAGAUUUCGACGUCGAAGAUACGGAGGCGACGAUUAAUGGAACACUAACCCUGGAGGAAAAUAUCGCAGACUACACCGGCGUCAAGGUCGCGUAUGCGGCGUACAAGAAUUGGGUACGUGUCCACGGCGAAGAGCCCCAACUGACCGGAGUUGGUUACACGCCGUACCAGCUGUUUUGGGUAUCGUCAAUCUCGCACGAGUGUUACCAGCUGAGUGGAAAAUCGCUCGAGCAGAGUCUGAAACGAGAUUCGCACGCCUUAAAUGUGUAUCGAGCUACCGCGCCCAUACGUAAUAGUGCCGAGUUUGCCAAGGAUUUCAACUGUCCGUUGAAUUCAAAAAUGAAUCCACCCGAUAAAUGUCAGAUCUUUUAGAAAAUAAAUUCGAUCCUUCUUCGCCUCUACCUCAUAACAAAAAAUCAUCAUUUAGCUCUCAUUACCAUCCAGUAAAAUAGUGCCAUGAUGCUACUGCACCCAGUUUACCGCGAUUCUCUUCAUAGUCGUAGCAAGAACCAUUAAACAAAAUAGUCAAUAUAGCGUUUUGGAUGUUAUGACAAAUCAGAGUACUGUUUAAAUCAAAUUUCUGUAAUCAUGUUUGCUGGUUUCUUAACGGUGAUUCCCAAUAAAAGAGCCUUUAUACUU